AUGCCUUCUGUCGAGAACGUCAGGAUGAACGGCUCUGCGCCGUCGACGAAUGGCCACGCCGCUCACGACCACCCCUUCCCUGGACCUUCGCACACUCGUCCUAGCCUCCUCCCCAAACUCGCCCUGAAGCCCUGGAUUCCCGCCGCUCCAGCUGGCCUCAUUCUCACGAACGCCCAGGUUGUCGACCCAGCUGCUGGCAAGCUCCUCGAUGGCCUGCAGUCGGUCGUGGUCAAGAACGGCAAAAUUGCGGCCGUGUAUCCCGUUGACGAGCCGGAUCUCCUUGAGGAAGAGGCAGGCUUGCGAAAGGUCGACCUCGACGGGCGAUACAUUUGUCCCGGCUUGAUCGAUGCUCAUGUACACGUUACGGCCGUGCCCGGAGUCAAGACGAUCUCGGAACUCGUGCGGACGCCCGAGGAGGACAUCCACUAUCGCACAAUCUAUAUCCUCCGCGAGAUGCUCCUCCGAGGCUUCACGACCGUCCGCGAUACCGGCGGAGCAUCGAAGCGCCUCGCGAACGCGAUUGACGAGGGUCUCGUCGUGGGUCCUCGCCUGUUCCAAUGCGGCAAAGCCAUCUCCCAGACUGGCGGCCACGGCGACUUUACGCCCGCACAAAGCGGCGGCGAACCUGGCUGCUGCGGCGGACACUCGAUUUCGCUCGGCAGGACGGCGGACGGCGUUCCCCAGGUUCUGAAGGCGGUUAGGGAAGAGCUCAAGGCGGGUGCAGACCAAAUCAAGGUCAUGUGCGGCGGAGGAGUCGCCUCGGCUACUGACGCCAUCGAGACGAUCCAGUACAGCGCUGAGGAGAUCCAGGCGAUCACAACGACCUGCAGACAGAUGGGUAACAUCCACACGACCGCUCACGCCUACACCGUCGAGGCGAUCCGACACGCGAUUGACAACGGCAUCAAGGGUAUCGAGCACGGCAACCUGAUCGACAAGGAGACGGCGAUCUACAUGGCUGAGAAGGGCAUCUACCUCACGCCGACCCUGUCGUGCUACGGUAUCAUGGUCCGACCACCCUUCGAGGAUUUCCUUCCACCCGACGGUCAGGUCAAGAACAAGCAGGUCAUGCAGCAGGGGUUGCAGGCGCUAAAGCUGGCGGAAGAGGCGGGAGUGACGGUCUGCUAUGGCUCCGACCUCCUCACUUCGAUGCACGCGCUCCAGACGGAGGAGUUCACCGUCCGCGCCGAAAUUCUCUCUUCUCCUGCGAUCCUCCGUCAUGCUACCACGAACCCUGCGAAACUGCUCCGCCGCGAAGGACAGAUCGGAACUGUCAAUCCCGGCGCCUUCGCCGACCUCCUCGUCCUCGACGCCAACCCUCUCGAAGACAUCCGCGUUCUCGAUCGACCUGAGCACCAUCUACAGGUUGUCAUGAAGGAGGGUCGGGUGCACUUCUCGACGAUGGCGACGCUGCCGACGCAGGAAGAGCUGGAGAAGGAGGAGUCGACCAAGUUGCGCAAGCUGAGCCGGGCUUAG